AUGUUUUCCCGAACAGCCCGACUUUCAACGACUGCUACAUCUCGACUCUCACAAGUAUCCUCACAUACUCAAAACUCCUCUAUUCAGAAAGUACAAAGAAGAAUGGCCUCAAUGACAACCGCCAAGCUCAACACAGGAGCUAGCAUUCCAUCCCUUGGAUUCGGUACCUGGCAAGAUAAAGAUGAUCAAGAGCUUGCAGUAACCGAAGCAUUGAAAGCUGGAUUUAAACAUAUUGAUACAGCAGCCAUAUAUGGUACUGAACCCAUGGUCGGAGCUGCAAUUAACAAAAGUGGUAUCCCACGCUCCUCACUUUUCAUCACCACCAAGCUUUGGAACAACGAUCACUCCCCCGAACGAGUUGAAUCUGCCCUCGAUGCCUCACUUAAGGCUUUGGGCUUAGACUACGUCGAUCUCUUCCUUAUGCACUGGCCUGGGGCUUUCAAACCAGGGGACGAUAAGUUCCCGAAGGACAAGGAUGGCAAGACUGAAGCCGCGAAUAUCUCAUAUAUCGACACCUGGAAGGCGAUGGAGAAGCUCGUCAAAUCAGGUAAGACAAAGGCCAUCGGAGUUUCGAACUUCUCCAAAGCUGAAAUGGAGCAUCUGGUCAAGGAAGCAUCGAUCCAGCCCGCAGCACAUCAAUUUGAAUGCCACCCCUGGCUUCAACAGAAAGACUUCUGCGAAUGGCACAAAACCAAGGGAAUUCAUGUUCAACAAUACUCUCCAUUCGGGAACCAGAACGAAAUUUACGAUAGUGGAAAGAAUAUGGGCAAGCUGAUGGACGAUCCUGUCCUCGUUGAAGUCGGAAAGAAGCACAACAAGACAGGAGCUCAGGUUGCACUUGCGUGGGGUGUGACUCUAGGCCACUCUGUCCUGCCAAAAUCUAAAACGCCUUCUCGAAUCAAGUCCAAUUUGGAAGGAGAUUUCAAACUUGAUGUUGAGGACAUGAAGAAGAUUGCGGGUAUCGACAAGAAGCUGAGAUUCAACGACCCUAGCGGUUCUUUUGGGUAUCAAUUUUACACCGAUCUUGAUGGAAAGAAGGAUUGAAGUGAGGUGAGAUUUUAGGAAACUGAGCACGUGAACAUGUAAAUUUUGUAUAUAAUGACAUCUAGGUAGCGAAAUACUACAACAAAAUUCUUUACAGUCA